AUGCCGAGCGAAUUCUUCAAAAAUCCCAUGCACUCGCGUACUUCUUCCUGCUCUACAGUGCAAGCAACAAUCGACGAGCACACGCUCGCAACAAUGUCCAUGUAUGUCUACUCCCAUUGUGCCACCCCUUCUCUUACUCGGCCCACACUGUAUGCAUUUGCAUUCCUCCGUGCUGGGCAUGACACCACAUUGAACAGAAGCAGUGGCCCAUUGCUCACACCUAUCCAAGAUGAGUUGAAUCCGUCCACAUCUUCCACUUCACCCUCACCCUUCGAGCCAGAACGUCCCAGAGAUACACCUUUCCAGAGCAUGCAACAUGCACUUACAGACACAGCUUCGCUUGCUACUCAAAUCAGUUCGUUCAACACACUGGAUCUCAACCCUGGUGCACCACUCACACUCGCUGCACGCCGUCGCGGUGUAUCCAUCUUUUUACUUCAAGCACCCGCACUUGCUAACAACCCUUUACCUCCUCAGCAAGUUAACCUCCAAAUCCGCCUCACAAGUGUAACCUCGACCUCUGCAAUCCGUACAAUCUCACAAUCCACACACAAUCCAACUUGCAGGGACUGA